AUGCACACGGAUCUAUCACCGCAUUUACAUACGGACGAGUGUAAUAUUUUUAUUAGAAAAUUGCAAGAUUGCCAUGUCGAGCACACCUUCUUGAAAUUUGUUGGUUAUUGCAAUGACUACGACCGGGAUAUGAGAAGGUGUUUAAAAGCUGAACGCUUACGGCGCCAACAACGAAACUACGAGGAAUCAAUAAAGAAACACAAAGAAAUUCAUGCUAGGAUACUAGCUUCACAACAAAGAGAAGCAGCAACAUUGAUAGAUUGA